AUUUGCCAUUCCAGCAAUGCUCACGUCUCAAAAGCAGCUGGCAACGCUGCGUAGUUUGCACAUCUCAAAAUUGCAGCUGGCAACACCGCCAGCAACAGCCAAAGCUUCUGCGCACGCGUUUUGCACUUUGUUGAAAUGGAUUUCAAUUCGCAGCACAAAUAUCGCAAAAGUCAAGUAAAUGGCACCAUUUAUGUGACCAGUUGCUUGUCCUUGGAUGCCAAAAGGCUCGCCGAGCUCGAAUCGGGCGCAGACGAGCUGUUUCUAACACGCAUUCACAAGCGCUGCACGGCGGAUCACAUAAUGCAGGUGGCUGUCGAGCUGGGCGAUGUCUAUAUGCUGCGCUUCAAGAUUGACUUCUCGGGCAGCAGCCGCGGCUAUGCCUACCUGCAGUACAUCGAUGCGAGGCGAAAGGCGCUGGCGAUGGAAAUCUUGCAGCAUCGCUUUCGGCUCGAUCGAUUGAAAAUUCAGGUGCGCGAGUCGCGCAAUCGCAAAACACUUUUCCUCAACAAUGUCAAUCAUCUGACACCGCUGCAGGUGCACCAGGAGCUACGCUUGAUCAGCCACUAUGUGAAGCUGUGCGUCUAUGAAUACCAGCCCAAGCGCUAUGUCUAUAUCAUCAUCUAUCGGAACAACGAUGAGGCGGCCAUGGCUCAUCACAUGCUGCGCACCAAAAUGGGAAAUUUCGGCGUGAAUGCGUUCAUCGAUUGGCUGGACAAGGGUCAGCAGGUGACGGCCCUGGAUGAACAGCCCAGCUGCUGUGUCCAGCUGUCGCGAGACUCGGAACAGCUCCAAGCCAAAGCCAACAGCUGCCGCUGCUUCAGUAUUUAAGUGCAAUUCUUCUAUGAUGUAUGCAAAGGAGAUGAAAGACAUCUUUAAU